CCGCGUCACUUUCAUUACGCGAAUCCGCCAUUUUGUACGUAGCUGGCGGUGAUUCAGGGUUCGCUUUCCCGGCUAAGUGUUUAUUGCGUGAAAAAACUGGAAAACUUCGUUAAAAAGACUUUCAAACCCAAUUAUUAAUUAGAUAGACGUAUAAGUGACAUAAUUUAGCUCCUGUAUCAAGUGCUUUCGUGAUUUGUGAGUGCCCUGUAAUUGGAGCGCGUGGCUGGUUAUUCUUUGUUGUUGGAUUCGGCAUAAAAUAGUUUACAAAAGGAGCCGCAGCGGUGUAUAUAUUAAAAAACAGUGACCAGUGACAGUCGGACGUCGUACACCCUAAAGUGUACAAGGAGCCUGCGCCUGUGUGUGUGCGUCUGUGUGUCAGUGUGUGUGCGUGUGCGUGUGUGUGUCGGUGUACCCGUGUGUGUACAGUGACUGUGGCAGUGUGUGUGCGUGUAAAACGCGCGUCCGAAGUGGCGCCGACGCAAGCGUCAACUCAAUGCCGGUGUGCCGAUGGAUCGGUGAUCACAGCCUGACUACGUCACAAGAGCAGCGCUGGUGAAAUGAGAGCUGCCAGAGCAACAACGAUUUGUGAAACACAACCCUAAUGAAAUUGAAAUUGUGACGCGCUGCGGAGCGGUGAUUAAAGCGGCUUUGCCGCUUUAAAUGGACAAACGCAAGAUGCUGCCAAAGAGAGCGCGCAUGGAUAGCAUGCGGGGUCCCAUCGCUAACGGACCACUGCAGUCGAGGCCCCUGGUGGCGUUGCUCGACGGUAGAGACUGCACCGUCGAGAUGCCCAUACUGAAGGACGUGGCUACCGUCGCCUUCUGCGACGCACAGUCCACAUCCGAAAUACACGAGAAGGUGCUGAACGAGGCAGUCGGCGCUCUCAUGUGGCACACCAUCAUACUCACCAAGGAGGACCUGGAGAAGUUCAAGGCGCUCAGGAUCAUUGUGCGCAUCGGCUCCGGCGUAGACAACAUCGACGUCAAGGCCGCCGGCGAGUUGGGCAUAGCGGUUUGUAACGUGCCGGGUUACGGCGUUGAGGAGGUGGCCGACACCACCAUGUGUCUCAUACUGAACCUCUACAGACGGACGUACUGGCUGGCCAACAUGGUGCGCGAGGGGAAGAAGUUCACAGGUCCGGAGCAGGUCCGCGAGGCGGCGGCCGGCUGUGCCCGUAUCCGCGGCGACACGCUGGGUAUCGUGGGUCUGGGCCGGAUCGGCUCGGCCGUGGCGCUCCGGGCGAAGGCCUUCGGCUUCAACGUCAUCUUCUACGACCCCUACCUGCCCGACGGCAUCGAGAAGUCGCUGGGGCUCACCAGGGUCUACACGCUGCAGGAUCUACUAUUCCAGAGUGACUGUGUGUCAUUGCACUGCAGCUUAAACGAACACAAUCACCAUCUUAUUAAUGAAUUUACUAUCAAACAAAUGCGUCCAGGGGCGUUCCUGGUGAACACGGCCCGCGGCGGGCUGGUCGACGACGAGGGUCUAGCGGCGGCUCUCAAACAGGGACGGAUCCGGGCGGCGGCGCUAGACGUGCACGAGAACGAACCCUUCAACGUCUUCCAGGGUCCGCUGAAGGAGGCUCCCAACGUCCUGUGCACGCCUCACGCCGCCUUCUACUCGGACGCCUCCGCCCAGGAACUGAGAGAAAUGGCCGCCUCCGAGAUACGACGAGCUAUCGUCGGACGUAUACCUGACUGUCUCAGGAACUGUGUCAAUAAGGACUACUUCCUAGCGGGCGCCGCGCCGGUGCUGGCGCCGCCUCCGCCCAUCGCAGCGCCUCAACCCCCAGCGCCCGCCUACACUGAAGCGGGUAUGAACGGCGGCUACUACGGCGGCGGGGGCGCUCAGGCCGCUCACUCCACGACGGCGGUCCACGAGGCGCCCGCGCUGCCGCCCCAGACGGCGCCGCAACCUCCGCCUCAACCGCCCAUCACGCUCCCGAUAAACACGUCGGACCCGGCCAAUCAUCAGCUGAAGCAGGAGAGCUCGGACGUUCACUAAGGAAGGACGCACGAUACGUUACAGUACCGUCGCCGCGCUGACAGACGAACAGACAAAACAAACAGACAAACAAACAAAAACAUAGUAGUGGAGAUUCCAUCGGCUGCACACCGACACGAGUUCGCAUCGACAGGCCCGGCACGGAGCGGUACUAGACCUACACUCACGGUGUGGUGACGGCGGACAGACGCGAAGUAAAGACCGGUAACGCUGCGUGUGUAGUUUGUGUAUGCGGACAAGUGGUAGGUGUAAGUGUACGCAGUGAGCGGUCCGUGGCACGGAUGUGUAUAUGAAUAUAUAAUGUAUACUGUUAUGUAUCGCGGGUGUGUGCAUGUUGGCGGCGGCGUGGCGGGGCGGUCCGCGGUCGACAGUUUUGUACUUAGAGUAACAUUUCAAUAUAAUAUAAAUACGAUUAUUAUAUAGAUGAUAUUGAGAAAGUUUUUAUCGCGCUCGUUUCGAUAUAGUUAACUGUCCAAAUUAAUGUUAAAUGUAAAUCGUUCUAGUGUAUGGAUGUCAUCGGCUUCUACCUCGGUAACAUAAGGCUGGUCGCCAAACACAUUGUCCGUUCGCCGCCCGUCGCUAGAUUCAGCAUUUGUUAGCAUUUGUAACCGCGCUCGUACCCAAAUUUAUCAUUUUAAGAAACGAAUGGACUGUAGAAUUCUAUCAUCACAUUUAAAUUAACUACUACAGACGGACCUGUGUUCUAUAUAUAUAUAUAUUUCUUUUUAUUAUUUGAAAUGUACAAAAUCAUGCUUUGGUUUAUAAUUUUUUUUUUGUUCUUUUCUAAAUAGAAUUAAGUGAUGGAUUUGUACAUGAGACACCAAUUAUAACGCUACAGCUGACACGGCCACGUCGUGACGAUUGGUAUUUAAAAUUAGUAUUUACUUACAGUUUAGUUUAAUGACAAAAACAAUGUGUAUAUUUUAUGAGAAAGUGAAAAGUUCUUAAAUAAAACAAUUGUUUUCGGAUUAAUGA